CGAAGCUCUCGGCACUCCAAAUGGUGUUAUUUAACGAACCUGCUUUGCUACAACGGGACACUUCUAGAACAGAGCACGUUUUCACGUAUCAGCAUCGAUAAAGCGGCGAAGGCCAUGAAACGUUUUUGGGUUUGCUAACCUGCCACGCUAUCGGACGGACGAAGUCGGCAUAAAAUCGUCUGUGCUACCAGAGUCGGCAGCCAUGUCAACGGGAAAGGUCCGUGUGGCUCAUGCCGCCAUAGGACAGGUAGCCGCCGAUGAGCGUGAACGACUCGAACAGCGACGAGCUCUCGUCGUAGCUCGUUUGAGAGGUCUUCCUACUGCGAGCGUGACAAGUACGCCAAAAAAAUCCGUCCGAAAGGCGACCGUCAACUUAUAUCAGCCUUCGGUGUCAUUGCUGAACUCCUCAUUAUACAACUGUCAAAUGCGUAUGAAGAUUUCAGCCCGUGGCAGACGCAUGAUGCCUGCGCCAAAAGCACAGCUUACCGGACUCCAUCCAAUGGAGCAGUAUAACGUUUGGCUAGAGUUUGUGGGUUCGUCCGGUCACCGUGAAUGUUUCCGACAUCCGGAUAGUCCUAAAUUGGGCUCAUCUUGGAUGCGCGAUACGGUACGUUUUGACCGAGUCAAGCUCUAUACAUACGAUGAGAACAGACGCGUUGUCCACGACGGAGCCAUGCUCAAAACAAGCCAGCUGUACAGCGUUGACAUGCACAUCGCCCAAGUUGAGGAUUCCGGUCACAUGCCAAGAUCGUCGCACAGGAAGCUAUCGUUCGUGCAGCCUUGGUUCAGACCAUUCAAUGCUGGUGAUCCCGAACCAAAAUAAUCAUCCUUCAACGAAGUAUCGGCGAAGGCUCUUACGUUUCUUUAUAGCAGUUUAAAUAGUAUGACUUAAAUGAUGAAUUCAUAACCUUUCUUCUACCGCGGACUUGUGUAUGAUCGUUUUACGUCACAUAGUCUGUUCAAGAAUCGAGAAUACGGAUAUCCUCCCUUGAUUGUCGCAUUACCUAGCCGCACAUAAUCUAUAUUUCCUAAUUUACCAAUCGAUGUGUGACAUGACUAAUGGAUGUACUAUAGCAAAACCGUUUUAACUUUAAAACGUAAAAACUGACAGAUCAUUGCACUGUAAACGUAAUGGUCUCAUUGUCUUACAUUGUUUAGGGAGAGGGGGGAAGGGGGCAUUUGGGGAUAGCAAAUUUGCCCGGCGUCAUAAUUAAGCCACCCAUAGUACCAUCUUUUAAGGCUGAACACGGCUCUCUUAGUUAAAGUACACCUUACGUUUAGGUGAAGCGUAUUUCGAAGCAGUAAGAAUGAAUAAUCUCAUGAGCUAAAGAUGUUGGAGGGUAUAAAUGCUAGAAUAGGAUGACUAGCGUGUUCGACAUACGAUCGGCGUCCUAUGUUUGAAUGUUUUAUUCUCUUUUAUAGAAUUUUUCUUAUGUACUAUACUUGCAAUAAGCUAACAGGAGAAGGCCCGGGAUCUCAGAUACUUAACCUUGCAUUGUUUAAUUAGGUGUAGUUACCACUUGUAACAAGCUGACAUAUUCCUACUGAAAUGUUUACGCUUAUAAAAAAAAUCCGACUAUAGAGUGAUAGACUUUGUGGCACUAGCCAAAGGCCAAUAAAAUGUUUUAGUAUAAUUAUUACCUCACGGCAGGUUUUGUUUU